CGUCAUCAUGCAGAAACAAGAUGUCUAGCAAUAGACCUCCAAAUGACAGGGGUCCAACAGGGCCAGGUCAUGAAGUGUCCUCACCAUACAAGCGUCCUCGGACCCAAAGUCCUGGGUCAACUAUGUCACGUCCUGGGGGAUACCCUUACCCCACAGAGAGAUAUCAGGUCCCCAUAGCAGCACCAGGGGGACCAUACCAACCGAGGGUCUACACAGCUCCUGGCCCGGAACAUGUUUAUCAGGGAGAGAGAUCAACUGCUGCAGACUACAGAGAGACAUUCCAGCAGCAGAGAGAGCAAGAACCUCCUAGACGUAGACCUACAUUGCUAGGUGAACAGUACCAUGCCACACGUGUAGCUGAGCGUGAGAGGAGUGCAGCAGAGCAGUAUUCCUAUAACCGCUAUGAGAGGGAGGGGGGUCAGGCGACCAUCCCACCCAAGCAGGAUGUAAUUCUGAGUGCAGCAGAGCAGUACUCCUAUAACCGCUAUGAGAGGGAGGGGGGUCAGGCGACCAUCCCACCCAAGCAGGAUGCCCAGCAUCAUUUCCCAUACAAACGACGUAUGGUUGAGACAGGGGCACGUGAGGCUAUACCAGCCAUGAGGCUUGCUGCAGAUGAGGCUAAAAGAGGCACACACCCGUUUUCACAAGAACCCAGCUAUACCCCUCAAGUUGAGGCAAUCUCCCCCACACCGGAUGAUCAGAAGAUUGAGAUUGCUGCAAUGAAGGCCUCCAAGGAAGAACUUAUUAACUCCAUCAGCAGAAUUGACAGAGAAAUUGGCAAAUCCGAGACAAGUAUAGCAAACUUUAAGAAAAAACAACAACAAUUAGAAGAGCAGGCGAACAAGCCAGAUGAAGAGAACCAAUCAGAAGAGCCCGUUGUAGAGAAUAAAAAUCAAAGUGUCGCACAAAUCAUUUAUGCGGAGAAUCGUAAAAAAGCUGAGAAGGCGCAUGCAGUAUUUUCUAAACUUGCUGCCCCAAAUGAUACGUUAGGAGCUACAGGAUUAACUUUCCAGCCUCUUUAUAACCAGCCCUCUGACACUGCAGUGUAUCACGAGAAUAAGCGCAAGCACAUGAUCUUCAAAAAGAGGCUGAUGCUCCACUUCAAAAAACGACAUCAGGCCAGAAAGAUUCGGGAACGCUAUCUCACCGAGCGAUAUGACCAACUCAUGCAAGUAUGGCUGAAGAAAAUAGAACGAAUUGAGAACAAUGCCAAAAAGCGUGCAAAAGAUCAAAAGACUCGGGAAUUUUAUGAACGUAUUUUCCCUGAGAUUAAAAAAUCAAGAGAGGAUAAAGAUAGGUUCACAAGGAAUACGGCAACACGUGGAAAUAGCAACUUAGGUCCUAUUGCUCGUAGUGACGUUGAGAUGGAGCAGAUUAUUGAAGGUCUUCACGAACAAGAGGAAGAAGACAAGAAAAUCAGAAGCUAUGCUGUUAUUCCGCCUGUGUUGCUGGAUUCCAGACAGAGGCGGUAUCGCUUCAUGAACAAUAAUGGUCUUAUUGAAGACUCAAUGGCAGAAUACAAAGAACGCCAAAAUCUAAAUGUUUGGACUCUCCCAGAAAAAGAAACGUUCAAAGAGAAAUACCUUCAGCAUCCAAAAAAUUUUGGUUACAUAGCCUCAUUUCUAGAAAGAAAGACGGUGGAGGAGUGUGUACAGUAUUAUUACCAUAGUAAAAAGAGUGAAAAUUACAAACAGUUACUACGGAAGCAGAACAUGAAGAAAAGAAAACAACUACAAUCUAAACCACAGCCUAGGGAAUCAAGAUAUGAUCCAGGUGUGGCAACGGUACAGCAGCCUGCAAAGAAAGAAAAGGAUGAAGUGGUGACACCUAUUGUUGAAUCUGUAAAGGAGGAACCCAAGUCGCCUUCUGAGAGUGUUUCAAAGGAUGAAGCAACUGAUGAAGUUAAGAUGGAGGUUAAUGUUACGGAGGCAGGAAGCACUGACAAUUCAGUUGUGCCUGCAGAGAAAACAGGGGAUGCAGAAGAAACAAAAACAAAAGAAGGGGGACUUCACAACUGUGCAGUUUGUAAGGUCCAAUUGGCAAACUACAGUCUGAGUCGACCAAUCACAAAGUCGCAUUGCAGUCAGUACUAUGGCCUUGACCUGCAAAACAUCCAGGGGGAGCCACGUGUCUGCAGCAGUUGCCGUUGUCGUUCUGUGCGUCGUAGAUACACUCAAUGCCCUGUUCCUACUUGUAAAACGCCAAAACGGAAAGUAAAGAGACUCCGCCCACUCCCAGCUAAAUGGGCGGAGCUGUCACAAGAAAUUAAAGAUCCUAUUAUUAAGGAAAUGGAGUUGACUGACGAGAUCACAAAGUGUUGUGUGGCGUGUAUCAAUCGUAUCGCAAGGAAGGUUGGGGCUGAUCCAAGCGAGUCUCCUGUUCCAGCACAGGAAACUGGGGAAGAUAACAGUGACACAUCGAGAUGGACAGAUGAAGAGAUGGACAAAGCAAAGAAAGGAUUAAAGGAGCAUGGAAGAGAUUGGGAGACUAUUGCCAACCUGGUUGGUACAAAGUCUAAAGCCCAAUGUAAGAACUUCUACUUCAACUACAAGCGUAAACUUUCCCUUGAAGAACUAGUCCAGGAAUACAAGAGGAAACGAGCUGAAGAGAAAAGAACAACCUCCAUAUCAGAGAGUGUUGUGUCAACUAAUGAUUCUGAUGAGGACAUUUCAUCAAGUGAUGAGGACAAUGGAGAAGAUAAUGGGGACAGUAGUGACUGUAAUAGUGGACCACCCUCACCCCCUUCUUUCCCACAGCAUGACAAAGAUCCACCAAAGCAGGGUGAGCCUGAUCCACCAGCUGACACUGAUCAGACCCCCAAAGAUCCUCCCACUAGUGAGACAAAGCCAGCAGAUCCCACCUCAACACAGGAGGAUCAUGGGAAGCCAAUAGGACCUGCUUCACUCCAGAAACCUGUUGAUUAUGAUAGCUCAGCCACUAUGAGUGCAGAUGAAGGUCCACAUUCCCAUGAUAUAGGGGGUCCACAGGGAGACAGAGACAGAGGGAGCCACCAUGAGUCUGACAUUAAAAUGGCCGAGGAUCAUCGUUAUAGAGAUGUUGAAGUGACUUCUACGGAUGGGGCUGGUGAUAGACGUCCCCAUUACCCCCCGGGGCAGGGGGGCCUGGGUCAUCCUACUUCAUAUGAUUCUAAACCAGACUCCAUGCCCAGGCCCCUUUCUCCUAAGUCCCACCCCUCAGAGCCUUCAAAGUCCAACAAGGAUCUUACGCCAUCGUCAGCUUGCGUUCGAGACUUGAUCCAUUCUGCGAUUGAACGGAAUCUGACGCUAUCUGUUCCAGGAAAUAACGAAGCACACAGUGCUCAAAGGGAUCGAGACAGUGGUUCAUUCAUGAUGUCUGUAACUCAGCAGCAACGUCGUGGAUCUGACCCCCACAUCACAGAAGUUCGCUCUAUACCAGGGUACCCAACAGGUUACCCCCCUAGGACAUCACCCCAACCCCCUCCAAGGGACUCUAGGGGUGGUCCCAAUACGGAAUUCAGCCCCCAAGAUUUAACACGUCGUACUAUUGAUAAGCAUGCCACAUAUAAAGGAGACCCUCGGGAAUAUGACCCCCGGGAUCCCAGGGCGGGGGAAGUUACAAACUGGAGAGGAAUGGAUGAUCGGCAGCCACGUCGUGACAUGACUGCCCCUCCCCCUGCUCAUCAACAUGGUAACGUGAAACCUCAACAGCGCCCUCUAUCUGCUGGUUUCCAUGAUCAGAGAGAUAAAUCUCCCUCAGCAUAUCUUGAUCGCUCGCAAGGUACACCGCCUAUACGUCAUCAGGUGCCCCCCUCCAGCUCCCCCUAUAUGUCAAUGCCAUCACCAGUAGAUCGGCAACAACCAGGAGGACCACGUGGAGGUCUUGCCCCAAGAGUUACUCUCCCAACACCUCCACCCUUGAUCAACACGAAAACACCUGUGAAUGUCAUGGAUAAAAUAUCACCCUCAAUGAAUCCCCCACCAACUGGCUCGAUUACCCAUGGUACACCUGUAAACCACCCAUCACAGCUCCCUCAGUCUCGCUAUGAAAAAGGAUCAAUAUCACAAGGCAUACCUAGACAUGAUAUAAUACGGCAAACUACACCUCCACAAUCGAGACCUGAGACUGGGUCCAUUACACAAGGAACGCCAGUUGGGAUUGAUCGGUCUCGUCCACCUAUAUCGUCCAGUGAGGGCCCUAGACCUGGGCUUCCAAUGCAGAUGUAUGACAGCCGUACACGUAUGAUGUAUGAUUCACGCAUGAUGGAGUUAUACAGGAUGAAUCCUAAUGCAGCCCAGAGUGCAGCUGCAGGUUUCUUUCCUCCUGGAGUACCCUUCCCCCAGGCAGAGUACAGACCAGAGGCAGCAGCUGCAUAUACCAAUAGCUCACAUGCAGUCCUGCUUGGAGAUUUUUUAACUGCUCAGCAAAUGCAGAGGGCACCUAGAGAUCGGGUGGAGAAGGAAGCACGAUUGUCGCCACGUAAUCAGGAUGUUCGAGGCCAAGUCCCUGGCCCCAAGCUUUAUGUUGGAGUGGAUGGUGUCCAUCAGAUGCAGUACCAGGCCACACACCAGGGGAUGAUGUAUAUGCCUAUACAGGGCCAGGUGCCCGGGGAGCAGGGUAGACGUCAACCAUCUCCUGCCAUAUCACCACGUAAUGAUAUCCCAACCUCAGUCACUUCAAACUGGCCAGGUCGGCACGCUUCGGCUGUCAGUCCCGGGAUACCAGUUUCUCGUCCAGGUGAUCGGCCUGCCACCUAUCAACAACCCAGAGAGAAUGUGAUUCGUUCAAUCAAUCAAGGAACGUCUGGAAAACUCCCAGAAUCCUCUCAGAGGCAGGAGUAUGAACGAAGGGAACAAGGUAGUCGUGAGUCAGAUCAGAGAGGGCCAGACAGUCGAUACAAUGACAUGAAUAUAAAGAAGUUGGCCGAGAUUGCAGCAGAGAUGCAGCCCCUCCCUCAGCAACCUAGUGGUUCCCUAGGAAGAGGCCAAGGGCCCCUCACAGCCAGGGACCCACGUGGGCCCGAUAUGGAAGCUGAGUCAGCUAAGCGUGCAAGAAUGGACCCACCUCUCUCUGUAUCUCACUAUCAGUCGAGAUAUGAGGCCGAGAUGCGUCAGUAUCGUCCACGCUUUGACUCUGAACGCACACGGACUGACUCUGAACGAACACGCACUGACUCCAACGCCUCAAAUUAUGAAGAGCACCGCGAAGAUGUGCAGAAGAUGAUCGAACACGAGCGAGAGAUCAGACGACAGCAAGGAUAUGCUGAACAGGAAAGACAACGUGCCGUCACUCAUUCACGGGCUGAAGCUCCAGAGCAAGAUAAUGAUGUCCUGAUCACUGACCACAAACCAGCGCUAAAUCAUCGCACUGACCCUAAACACGUCAGCAAUAAACUUGAAGAAUCAAACACAAUGCAGACUCCAGAUGCUUCAAAACUUCUUUUACAACAGUUUGAAGCCGAUAACGCAAACAUUCCAAAGAAGCGGCAAUCCCCAGUCCCUCGACAACCUCCUGGAAAAAACUCUAAAACUAUGAGUGCUGCGAAUUUAAUCGAUGCGAUAAUUGAGCACCAGAUUUGCCAUAAUAAAGAAGACAUUAGUAAUAGCCGGAGUUCACCCUCUGGGGGUAUUUUAUUUCCCCAGAAUUUACAGAGGGUCGUCCAAUCAGAAGCAAGUAUCCCCACUCCGCCAAGACCUGGGUCGCCACAGUACACAAGACCACAGAUGCGAUACGAGCCUGAGCCGAAUCAGAGGCCAUCACAAUCUGUACCUGUACCCCCAGGGGCACAAACUGCACCCCCAGGGGCGCAACCUGUAAAUGCUGGCGUAUCUGGACCAACACCUCCAGGGAGCAGUGAGACCGACAAGCAAACAGCCAAGAAUGUUUUGGCUGAACUCCCUGAUGAUGUAGGUAGUAGUACACGUGAUGUCAUACAGGGAAGUCCCACUGCAUCAGACACAAGCAGCAAAUCAUCAGACUCACGUGCUAUCACCCUUGGGGAACACAUAGAUGCCAUCAUCCAACAGGAUUACAGCAAGAAGAAGGCCGCCCUUCAGGCACAGGCACAGGCUCAGGCCCAGGCCCAGCUACAGGCCAAAGGACUGCUCCCAUCCACCAGCUCGUCUGCCCCCACCCAGGCUCCUCCUCAACCUGUGACAUCAUCAGAAGUUCCAGUGUCGGGAAAUAAUGGAAAUGCAUCAGCAGCCAUGGGGAGGUUCUUACAAGGGAACAACAGUAGCUCAAAUAGUGAGACAGAUUCACCGCGAUCUCGAGUAGUCACAUCCCCACCCCCCAGGCCAGGGGGUGCGCAACAGGAUGAUGCACGACCACGGAGCUACUCAACUGGGGCAUAUCAGGGUCCUUGGAAACUCAAACGAGUUCUCGAGCAGGGGAUAUCCUCAAUGAUGGAGUCCAUGGUACCUAAUUCCAUGUCAUCUUUACAUCCGAACCAGUCUCAAUCCAACAGUGACUCACGUUCAUCUCUAGGACCACCUAUGGUCCCAUCAAGGUCAAGGUCACCUAGUCAGAGGUCAAGGUCACCAAUUCUACCCCAGCAAUCCAGGUCACCUGCACCAAUGUCAAGGUCACCAAUCCCGGGACAAAUGUCUAGGUCACCUGCCCCAGCAAAGUCCCCAGCUUUGGGCCAGUCUCCUUCACAAUCCAGGUCCCCUGCCACAUCAGUCAGAUCAUCACCAGUCACUAUCAAGCCACAGGGAACAGCAAGAUCCCCCGUUAUGCUAGGCCAGGAUGAGAGGGAGAUCAUUAAAGUUGCACGUACUGGUGAGCGUGACGUCACACAAUCUGGACAACCCCAGCAGGCAUCCCCACAGACUGUAAGGGCAUCCCCCCAGGGUGGCCCAUUAGAUCCAGUAUCCCCUGCAGGAUCAUCAGAUAGCCGAAGUAAUGAAGCAACGGCAAAACCAAACUCACCUCGCUCUCCCCGUACAGGAAGUCAGUCAAUGCUAGCGGCUUCACAUCAGCAAAUAACAAACCUCCUUGCAAGACCUGGCUCUGAUAAUCCGUCAAGUAGCUCAGGUAGCCAACCGGACAGUAGCAGUGUUGGAAGUCCUGCCCCACCUGGCACACAAGAGGCAUCAGUCCUCCCUAUACAGAUGGGACUUUCUCCUCUGGAUUAUGUGAAGAAUAAGAUUGCUGAAGUAAUGAGAGGAGCUUCUGAUGGUGCACGUCCCGGGGUUACAGAAACUGGACGUUCUGGGGGUGGCGAUAUCUCACGCCCAGGGAUUAUGGAUCCGUUAAGAUCCCAGGAGUCUGCUGCUUAUCCAAGACCAAGUUCUGGUGAUUCAAGAUUGGGAGAGAUGAGACCUGGUGAAUCACAAAUGAGACAUGGGGAUACCCAAAUGAGGCCAGGAGAUUCCCAAAUCCGACCAAGAGAUUCCCAAAUGAGACCAGGAGAUUCCCAAAUGAGGCCAGUAGAUUCCCAAAUGAGACCAGGAGAACCCUAUCAUAGACCAGGAGAUUCCCAAUCUAGGCCUGGGGAUUCCCAAAUGAGACCUUCAGAAUCACAAAUGAGACAAGGAAAUUCCCACAUGAGACCAAGUGACUCUCAAAUGAGACCAGGAGAUUCCAAAACAGGCCCAGGGGAUUCCCAAAUGAGAACAAAUGAAACUUACAUGAGAGCUGGAGAAAAUCAAAUGAGGGCAUCAAGAGAUUACCCUAUGAGACCUACUGACUCCCGAACAAGACCUGGUGAUGCCCAGUCUCAGUCUAAACCAACAGAUCCGUAUUCCAGACAAGAGGCCUACAUACGAGGUGGAGGUGGAGAUGUUAGGAUGAGGGCUGCUGACAGUGUCAUACGCCCUGGGGAGGCAAGUUCUACUUCACAGAGGGCACCAAACGAGGGUAACUUCCCAGGAUCAGGGGUAGCCAGGUGGGUGGCUGAUACACAGCAGGCUGCUAAGGAAAACAGAAUGAGUCCCUCCAGCUCCAGGCCUUCUGACCCAUACAAUCGUGGGGCAUCCUCAGAGGCAAGAGCUAAUUACCCACCUAGAACAAUGGAGCCCUCCUACCAAAGGACUGCUGAAUCACACAUGGGAUACUCCAGACCUCCAGACUCGCAGUCUAGACCUUCUGAAUCCCAAACUCAGCCCCAGAGACCUUCUGAACCCCAGAGAUCCAGUGAGGCUUAUCCCAGGCAAAGCAACAUGCACCCCAGAAUGAAUGAUGUGUACCCCCACCCCAGUGGUCAUUCAUACCAUGGAGUACAGUCUAGACCAGCAGAGCAGUCCAGUAGGGUCAGUUCUGACACCUAUCCCUCCAGAGUAACAGACCCCCAACGUAGAGCAGAAGUCAGUAGAGCUGCUGAUUCACAGGCACGUAUGGGGAGUGAUCCAUAUCCAAGACAAGUUGAUUCCUACUCAAGACAGAGCGAUUCAUAUUCAAGGGCUGGUAAUCAACUUUCAAGACCAAGUGAAUCUCAAAUGAGACCUGGCGAUUCACAAAUGAGACUGGGGGAUUCACAAUCGCGACCUGGUGAUUCACAAAUGAGACCUGGUGAUUCACAAAUGAGACCAGUUGAUUCACAAAUGAGACCUGGUGAUUCACAAAUGAGACCUGGUGAUUCACAAAUGAGACCAGUUGAUUCACAAAUGAGACCUGGUGAUUCACAAAUGCGACCAGGUGAUCCACAAAUGAGACCUGGGGAUUCACAAAUUAGACCUGGCGAUUCACAAAUGCGACCAGGAGAUUCAAAAAUGAGACCAAGUGAUACACAAAUGCGACCUGGUGAUUCACAAUUGAGACCUGGUGAUUCACAAAUGAGACCUGGUGAUUCACAGUUCAGAUCUAAAGUCUCUCUAUCUCGAGCUAGUAAUUCUCGAGCAAGCCCAGUCAGACCAAACGAAUCACAGCCUAGCCCUCGUUCAAGUGAUCCUUAUCCUAGAACCAGUGACCCAUAUCCCAGAUCGAGUGAUUCACGCACAAGCCCACGACCUAAUGAUCCAUAUGGUAGACAGAGUGACUUACAUCCUCGUCCAAGUGAUUCACAUCCCCGCCCAAGCGAUCCACAUUCACGGUCAACUGAUAUGCACCAGCAACGUCAGGGUGACCCACAUAGUGACUAUAGAGGAUACACAGGCUACCCCAGUAAAAACUCAGAUCCCCAGGGCUAUAUUAGACCUCAAUACCAGCGACAGGCAGAUAUGUACAGUAGGGCUAAUGAGGCGAAACCUAGCAAUCCCCAGCAGAAUAAGAUGCCAACUAGUUAUCCUGGGGGUGCACAGAGGUCAGCUGAGGGGAGCUACUCAGGGGGUGCGCAGCGCCCAGUGGAGGGUGGUUACUAUAGGACUGGGGUUCAGGAAAGCACUCAGCACAGAACAAGCCCUAGUCAGAAACACCAAGUGUCAACGACAGCAUCUAUGGCGACGUCACAAGGGAGCUAUGGGGCGUACUUUGAGCAGCAAGCGAGACGAGGCCAAUCAGGAGCUAGCUCUCAGAGUUCAUCUUCGUCCCAGAGGUCAACCCCGACAUCAGGCAUCAUAUCACAGUCUGGUCAGCCUCAGGGUGGUGCGGGAAAAUCAUUUGGGAAUGAGCCCCGAUCUAGUACAGUUGUGUCAUCUAGCCCAACUUCUGGGCAGGCUUCACGCUUAAGUCCCGGUUAUUCCCCAGGUUCAAGCUCAUUAGAGAUAAUGUAUAAGUCCAAAUUUGAUAAGUUCAGGAACCUGGCUGAGAGAAAACCAGGGUCUAGUAGCGGUCAGCUGUCUCCCAGGUCUUCGGGACACCCUGGGUCGCCAGGUAGUGCCCCCAGCUCCUCUGCCCACAGUCCUGGCCAGUCUAAACCCAUGUCAUCCCCUGGGAGAUUCUCCUCUACUUCUCCAACCAGCUCUGCCACACGUCAAGACUUUGGUAUUAGCUCUGCCCAUACUAAAAGUCCUGGCCAAUCAGCUGAGUUGAAUACAUCAGAGGCGAUGGCAGCGCCAUCUGAAGUUAAAGGUAAACCGGACCCCUAUGACUUUGCUGAUGACGAGGGUCCCAGAGAACCAAGAGAUAGCAUGAGAUUUGGACACAAACCCAAAAAAGGAGAAACACCUAAAUCAGUUGCUGACUCUGAACCAACAAUGGAUGCUAAUCCGAUGCCUGAUCGUAGUCUGAGUAUAGACAGUGCAGGAUCUGACCGCAUGGUUAUUGAUGAAACAGCGGGAGUUGACAGCUCAGACCAACCUGAUAUAUCCACUUCUAAAGAUGGAGCCACUGGUGAGAAUCCAUCCCAUAAUAAAUCACCUGACUCAGAAGUCAGCUCCUCAUUGGCUCGUUAUGGAGAGUCAUCGGGAAGCAUGUCAUCGUCAAGCAUGCAACAAGGAACUAUGGGAGAUAUCGAUAGCCAAUCAAAUGUGUCUCGAGAAGCUGAAUCAAAACAGGAGAAAGGACAUUGA